UCAAAUAUUAUAUCAUUACGAUCCACUAAUGCUUUAAUCUUUUGAAACAAUGGAGGCAUCUCUAGUCCUAUGGAUUUCACUGAUCAUCAAAGUGUUACUUGUGAGCAGGACGCAGGGUGCAGCUCGUUUCACAAUAAAUCCACCAAGUGUUUCAUAUGUGUCUGUAGGAAAAACAAUCAAGCUCGUGUGGGAUUACAGCGUGGAUAGCAAGAGGGAAGAGUUUGGUGUUUAUUCGCCAAAGUGGAUAUUCUAUGCUGACAAUGGCAGUGAAUUUAUAAUUGCACAAGAAAAUGUAUUCAACCAGGGGCAAUGGAACAUACAAAAGGCUACAUGUCCUGCUAGACUACUGAACCCUGUUCGAGUGAGUAAAGAAUCAACUGCUACACUAGUAAUCCAUAAUGUAACUCUGGCUGAUAGUGGUACGUAUGGAUGUGUCCUAAUGCUGGCAGCACGAAGCCCCAUAACGAAUAAAGUCAAGCUCGUCGUAACAUGUGGGUAUGAUUGUUUCAAUUUGUUGAAAUUGUUGUUCCUGUUUCGAUUAGAUUCUUUUCUUGUUUGCUUAAGUUUUUUAUUUUUAUUUUUCAAAUUUUGAAAUAUCUUCCGUAAG